CAGAGCUAGUUGUAGGAAAUGCGGGACAAUGCGAGAUGUCAGCAGGGCCGUGUUUAUCUGUUCCAGCGAUGAAGCCCAAGAUACUCUUCAAGUGAAUUUUUUACGUUAAUAAACCACUCGGACCUUUGUGCUCAAUGCCAACGCUCAAGAGGAUCUGCUUUCAUGCAGAUGAGUGGAAGAGCAGCGCUGAGCGGCAGUGUGUAGCUAACAUCAUCUUUGCUAACUUAGCCCAACAACACACCGCCCUGCAGCGAAAGGUCGCUAACUAACGUUUCACGGGUCAGCUCGCACUUUUGGGUUCAUUUAUACGACUUUCUCAUCAGCCCAACGGUGUACCAGCGGCCUGUCACGCUUUCACCUUUCAUCCGUUUAACGGUGACGGCGGGGGGGUCACGGUAACUGGAGCCGACAGGAGCCCCCCCGACAGGCGGAUCACACAGUUGCGGCUGUCACAGUAAGAGGGAGACAUGGCUGAAGUCUCCGCCCUCAGCCCCUCUCCCCCCAGUAUUGGAGAUCAGACAGUGCCCGCUCCCUCCAGCCCACAGCCGCUCCCCUCAGAAACUCCCAUCCCCAAAUCAUCUCUUUAUGGAGAUCGAGCAGUGAUGGGCAACCCAACAAUACAGACAGGUGGAAAAACCUCCACUUCCCCAGGUUCCCCUGACAAAAACAUUGUUGCUCCCUCUUUAACAGCCACAAACAGUGCUGGUGAUCCACAGGUGGAGGUACUAGCACAUACAGAUGCAGGGAUUAAUGGGAAGAAUACUUUAAGUGGCCACACUGAUGUACAAGGGUCAGAGCCUGAACAUCAGAUGCCCGCUUUCCCCGACCUUAAUCAGAUUCCUAAUCUCUACCCCAAUGUUGUUGAAGUCAGCCAUAUUUCCAAUCCUGCUCCUUCCAUGAACGCUCCCCCUGAAUACCCCCUUUCUCCGAGUCCUAAUCUCUUUCCCAAUGUUGUUGAAGUCAGCCAUAUUUCCAAUCCUGCUCCUUCCAUGAACACUCCCCCUGAAUACCCCCUUUCUCCGAGUCCUAAUCUCCACCCCAAUGUUGUUGAAGUCAGCCAUAUUUCCAAUCCUGCUCCUUCCAUGAACACUCCCCCUGAAUACCCCCUUUCUCCGAGUCCUAAUCUCCACCCCAAUGUUGUUGAAGUCAGCCAUAUUUCCAAUCCUGCUCCCUCCAUGAACGCUCCCCCUGAAUACCCCCUUUCUCAGAGUCCUAAUCUCCACCCCAAUGUUGUUGAAGUCAGCCAUAUUUCCAAUCCUGCUCCCUCCAUGAACGCUCCCCCUGAAUACCCCCUUUCUCCGAGUCCUAAUCUCUACCCCAAUGUUGUUGAAGUCAGCCAUAUUUCCAAUCCUGCUCCCUCCAUGGAUGCUCCCCCUGAACACCCCCCUUCUCCGAGUCCUAAUCUCUACCCCAAUGUUGUUGAAGUCAGCCAUAUUUCCAAUCCUGCUCCCUCCAUUACCGCUCCCCCUGAACACCUGCUUUCUCAGAGUCCUAAUCUCUUCCCCAAUGUUGUCGAAGUCAGCCAUAUUUCCAAUCCUGCUCCUUCCAUGGAUGCUCCCCCUGAACACCCCCCUUCUCCUAUUCCUGAGUCCUCAGAAAAUCUCACAACCUUCAACCCCGCUCCCUCUCACCCUUCACAAGACUCCACAGCAGAUCCUUCUUUAGAAGCAGAAGCCGAACCCCUGCCCAACCAGAACCCCAACACUCCAGAUAGUUCCAGCACAAGCAGAAUGGCCCUCGAGCCUCCCUGCACGCCAUCAAAAGCUGAUCCCCCAGCUGUUCUGGUGCAGGAGUCAGUUGAGUAUUUUGUUCUGCCCUCUCACACACGACCGGCUCCGGACACGCUCAGCUACCUGGAGUCGGCCAGUCUGAUGUCAGGCACACUGGAGUCUCUGUCAGGGCUCGGAGAGGAUGGAAGCUCUGUGGGGUCAGAUUCGGAGAUCAACGGCCCUAUACGACGCACUGAUAAAUAUGGGUUUCUAGGAGGCACACAAUACAAUGAGGCCAGUGAGGCUGAGAUUCGUGUGGCUGUGGCGAGACAGAGAGAGAUGAAAUGGCUGGACAUGUUCAAACACUGGGACAAGUGGAUAUCUCGACGCUUUCAAAAGGUGAAAAUUCGCUGCAGGAAAGGAAUCCCCUCCUCGCUCAGAUCUAAAGCCUGGCAGCUGCUGUCAAACAGCCAGGAACUUUUUGAGUCGAAUCCUGGGAAAUUUGAGGAGCUGGAGAAAGAUCAGGGAGAUCCAAAGUGGUUAGACAUUAUAGAGAAGGACUUGCACAGGCAGUUCCCCUUCCAUGAGAUGUUUGCGGCUCGGGGAGGACAUGGACAGCAAGAUCUGUACCGUAUACUGAAGGCCUACACCAUAUACCGGCCGGAUGAGGGCUACUGUCAGGCCCAGGCACCAGUGGCAGCAGUUCUUCUCAUGCACAUGCCUGCAGAGCAAGCAUUCUGGUGUCUUGUGCAAAUCUGCGAGAAGUUCUUGCCAGGGUAUUACAGCGCUGGUUUGGAAGCUAUCCAGCUAGACGGAGAGAUUUUUUUCUCUCUGCUGAGGAGAGUGUGUCCCAUGGCUUAUCGCCAUCUGAAGAAAUUUAAGAUUGACCCCAUCCUAUACAUGACAGAGUGGUUUAUGUGCAUCUUCUCCCGUACGCUGCCUUGGUCCUGUGUCCUGCGUGUUUGGGACAUGUUCUUUUGUGAAGGAGUGAAGAUUGUAUUCCGUGUGGGCUUGGUUCUACUCAAGCAAAUGCUUGGAUCUGUGGAUAAGCUCCGUGAGCUGCAGGGCAUGUAUGAGACCAUGGAGCGACUGAGGAACAUUCCCCCUGAAUGUAUCAAAGAGGAAGUUAUGGUGCAAGAGAUUAUCUCUCUAUCCGUGACGGAGGCUCUCAUAGAGAGGGAGUGCACUAUUCAGGUGCGGAAGUGGCGGGAAUCUCGUGGUGAGUUGACUCAUCAACCAGGACGUCGGCUACAUGGCACUCGGGCCAUCUUCGAGCAGAAACAACGGGCUGCUGCGAUCAGCUCAGGUGGCAGCCUGUCCUUCCUGUCCAGUCACAUCCCUGCUCCCGGCCCUCUGCGUGCGUCCUCAAGUCUCCUAUCUCUUCCUGGCCUGAGAAAGUCUAAGGCACCAUUUUAUUCUCAGAGUAAGAAAGGACAGGAUAAUGUGCCACUGCAGACCCGAGGGGGCGGCAUCGGUGCAGUGACGACACAAUCCUCAUCGUCCUCAGCUGGGACCACCCACUCAAAGCCUCCCAUAUCUCCUCCUCAUAACUCUGGAGCUGGGAUGCGUCCGCAGGUGCCGCAUGGGCCCAGUCCCCUAGCUUCGACAUCUGUUGCCACGGCACCGGCUCCUACUGCACACGUCUCCAGUGCACAAAUGCUUCAGCCUUCACCUAAAGUCGUAUCUGAGUACAUCACUCCCACCAUUCCCUCACCAACCGCAAACAACGCCCCUUUACCGCCAUGCCCCGAAACCGUGAAACCAUCAACAGCUGGGGCCUCGGAGGAGGACGGAAAGAAGAAGAAGAAAAGUAAGGAGGACAAGAAGCGGGAGAAGGAUGAGGAAAAGUUCAAAUUACGAGAAAAGAAGGAAAAGGAGAAGACUGAGAAGGAGAGGCUGAAAAAAGAAAAGGACAAAGCAGAGAAGGAGAAGAAAAAGGAGAAGGGAGGGAAGAAAAAAGAAAAAGGAGGAGGGGGGACAGAGGAAAAGAAUGGUGCGGCAGCGGCGAAAGAUCAGGCUUAAUUUCUGACCUGUUGUUCCUUCGGCAUAAAGAAGAGAAGGAUGGGUAUAAAAACAGGACAAGGAAAUAAAUAAGCUGCAGGCUGAUUGAACGAGAGAGGGAAUAAGAAAGAGAGGAAAAAUGAACUCAUGUAACGUCCAUUUCAUCUCAAGUUCUCAUUUCAUAAGAAUAACUGGAUCAUUGCUCCUGCCCCUCACGCUUCACUCAUCAUAUCUUCUUUAUGAAAGUGCGAUCAGAGCCCAAUGCUGACCUACGAAACAGGCAAAACUAAAUAUUAUUCAGAUGAAGGGUUUUCUUUUGAAAGCAGAUAUGUCAGGCUGAGAUAGUCUGAAGGCAGUUCCAGUGUAAUGGAUGCCAUGGUGUAUAUAGAACUCUUGGCCUUGUGUGAAGGGCUCAUCUGUGCCAGUCCGGUUUCCUGAUCUCCGUGGUCACAAACAAAAUAUCUGAGAAAAGCAUGAGAGAAAAGCAAGGCUUUGAUUAAAGCCUAGUGCCAGUAAUACUGGUAAUCCAUGAGUGUUCUGCAGGAUCUAUUUAUUCAUUGUAUUGUUCUUUGUUAGUGUGUAUUAUUGUAUGUCUGUGCCUUGACAUUGUAGUGAACUGUAUCACAGUGUUGUGUUGCAAACAGGUCUGAAAAGGAGUGUUGUUCUCUCAACGUGAGCAAGCACCUCUUUCUAGACAACGUUAAAUGACCGAACCUGUGUAAGGAAAAGGCCAAUAGGGGGCCAACUGGGGAAUAAAUGUGUUAAAUAUUGAGAACUGGGAGGGGGGAAUAGUCAAAUAAUUCAGACUUGGAUGUGUUUCUCUUCAAAACUAAAAGAACAUAAAAGAACCACUUUUGUGUCUCAGCAUCUAAUAUUUGAUGAAUUAUUAACCACUUGAAAAGUUUCAAAUCUUCAAGUUAACUUAAAUACUAGGAGAUUUUUCCAACAGGAUAAAACUAUUUAUGAAAAGCGUACCUAUUUCCGCUGUUCAAUCUUAGUCCAUCUUUGCGUAAACCUCACCAAAAAUGUGGCAUUUCAUUGCAUUGACACUCCACUUUCUCAUACUUAUUUGAACAAACAUACACUGUGGUGAAGGUUAAAAUCUUCCAGGUAUAUGUGUGGUUUGAUGUUAAUAAUCUUGCUAUUGAUACGAAUGUAGAGUUCGGACUGAAUUUUAUCAAAUUUGGAAUGCACUGAGGCCUGUUGAUUUUCACCACUAACCUUGAUCGGUUCAUGUAAUAUAGGACACCCUCUAAUCCAGUUCAUCUGAAUCUGUAAUUCUGUACCUUUAUUGGAGGGGUUGGUGCAGAAGUGUAGCAUUAAACUUUGAAGCUCUGGGGCUUCAGGCUGUAAUGUUUUGAUGUACAAACUCAUUAAUUUAAUCAGAUAAAACUAUGAAAUAUCUAUUCUACUUAUUAGCUUUUGGUUGGAUUAGAUUUUUUAUUUUUCUAUGCAAGUAUGCAAAGGCCUGGUAGACUGGAAUAACAGUGAACUUUCAGAAUGAGAGUAAGGAGAGUUUUGUGAAGAACUAUUUAAUCGCAGGAUUUGAGUUUUAUUUUUGAGUGGCGAAAGUGACUUUUCAUUGACAAGUGUUUUCUCUUGACAUCUUGGAGAACAAAGCCAAUCAUUUGGUAUUUAUUUUAGACAUUUUAAAAUCUCAAGAUUGUCUAGUGUUACUGCAGUAUUUGUGUUAUUGGAGAUGGUAAUGAUAUUCAUUCAUGCCCAGGGGGGCUUGAAUUUCUGUGUUGAAUUUGAUUAUCUUAAACAGACGUUCACCUGAACAUUGUACUUUUAAUGUCAAGUAAACUGAGGAAUAACCCCACCAUGACCCACCGACCCCUCAAUAAUUAUGACUUAUUCUGAUUAGGUGAUUGGACCGUUCUUAGCUCACAUUUUACCCCUAUUAGAUAUUUAUUGUUGAGUAUUCUGAAGAUCUGAAAUGGGAUAUAACUUUACUAAAUCCUGGUAAAGAGGGACUUCCUUUGCAAUAUAGUAGCCAAACAUUCUUUCAGUGUUUUAAUGAUGUCUUCUGUGUUCAUAGAUUCAGUAUGUCACCCUGGCCUGUUGUUCAAUCUCAAUUUCGGGUUCCCUUACUGACCAUUUUGGUCAUUGCUUCCUCAAAUGGCACUUCCGUUCAAAUGGCAAGCAAACAAAUCAUGUCUAUGCAAACUUUAUGUUCUUAACUGUCCGCACAUGUUGAUGUUAGCGUUCAUGUCAUGGCCACCAGGGGGAUAAAACUGAAGGUCACUGUAGCCUUUACUUAAAGGUAGAUUGUAUUGCAAUGUCCAUGGUCUGUUAUUUCCAGAUCACAUAGAAAAUCUGGAUUCAUGUGCGUUAUCCUGAAGAAGUGCUCUAGGUUUCACCCAUUGGGUAAGACCUGGCACCUUUCAGGACACUAAAACACUUGUCUGUUUGGCCAAGGGUACGACAGGUGGACAUUGUACGUUGUGCUCACCAAGAAUUAAUGCAAGGUCAUCCAGUCUUGGUUUAUUAAAACUCUGAGACAGCUAGGACAAGCUGGAAAGUGGUUGACCUGUUUUAUGGAUUUCUGCAUUGAUCAUUAUGGCUUAAUGUAUAUAGUAGGAAUGUUGUAAAACUAAUUUUAAUUAUUUUUUUAAUUUAAUUGUAGUUUUUGUUUUGGGCAGUGAACUCUCAUUACGUCACUUUUCUCGGACUUGUUUUUAAGUUUACAUUAAAACAUUUAACGUUACUGUUAAGAAAGAAAAAUUCAUAGAUGAAGAGUUGUUCCAUAAAUGCAGAAAAGGAAGUUCACACAGUGUAUUUAAUAAUUAAUUUGAUGACAGUUGUGAUGAAUAAUAAAUCAUAAUAUAUUAAAAAUC